AUGACUGACUUUGAGGGCUUUGAUAAUGCGAUUUUUGAGGCAUUCAGAGGUGCAAGUGAGGAAGAUUUGCAACUUUCUGAUGUGAAUGAGUGGUUAGAUAAUGAUGCUGAUGAUCCAGGUUAUGGUGAAUUAACUGAUACUGAGAUUAUCCAGUGUGUUACUGGUAAUAAUGAUGAGGAUGUGGAAGAGGAAGAUGACAGUGUGUUAUCUAUUCCAUAUGCUGCAUCAUUGCAAAACACAACUCAACUGAACCUGACUAUGCAGACGGAGCCGGCCCCCAGCACCACCUUCUCCAUCAACGUGGGACUCUUCGACAUCUUCCACGCCUACCAGGACGACUACACGAAGGUGGUGCAGCGGGAGCUGGAGCUGGAGAGAGAUAAGGAGAAGGAGAGGGAGAGAGAGAGAGGUCCCGCUAAACCGAAACAAAACCUAGACCCGAUCGUGGUGGUCCGUCCGGCAAGGCAGGAGGAGUUCGGGAAGGUGUCGCUGGACCUGCCGGGGCUGCGCCUGGCCGCCGUCCUCGUAGAGCGGAUGCUCAACCAGAACAUCUACGACGACAUCUCUCAAGAUUUCCGGUACUGGGAGGACGGGGGCGACGAGUUCCGUCCGCUGGAAGGGUCGUUGCUGCCACUCUGGAAGUUCCACCACGACAAGUCCAGGACGUUCAUGGUGGCAGACAUUUGCUGGAGUCCCGUCUACCCGGACCUCUUUGGCGCCGCCUACACCGCCGGAGACAUUGGUGGACCGGAGGGCGCUGGGAUGCUGUGCCUCUUCACUCUCAAGAACCCCGCCUCGCCUGAGAGAGUCUUCCACGCUCCCUGUGGCGUUCUCUCCCUACACUUCCACCCUAAGCAUGGCAGCAUGGUGGCAGCGGGCUGGAGUGACGGCACUGUGGUGAUGUAUGAUGUCCGCUCCCCAACCGCUCCCGUCAUCAUCCCGUCUACCACCAUGACGGGCAAGCACCUCCUGCCUGUCACCCAGGUGGUGUGGGUGGACACGGAGCCUGGUGAGGACCCCAGCUUCUUCUCCGUGGCACUGGACGGCAGACUGACACAGUGGCACCUCCACGCCUCCGCCCUCCACCCCACUGACCUCCUACACUUCAACAUCGUCGACCAGCUCUCCGCCAGCAUCCCCGCGCCCGACAGAGACCUGCUGGACGGUGUGGCGACGUGCAUGGCGUUCAGACCAGACGAUGCGAGCGUGUUGCUUGUGGGCGUGAACACGGGCGUGGUGUUCCAGUGCUGCACCACCUCGGCCACCCACUCCAUCUUCAGAUACCCCGCCCACACCUCGCCCGUGAGGAAGGUCACCUGGAACGCCCACCACCACCGGGUCUUCCUCACCUGCUCUGUCGACUAUACCAUCAAGCUCUGGCUCCAGUACUCAAGAGCGCCGCUAGUGGUGUUGGACCUGGGUGGGGCGGUGGCGGGGGUGACGUGGUCACCAUACAGCAGCAGUGUGUUUGUGGCAGUGACCGACGAGGGACGUGUCCACGUGUACGACCUCUUCCUGCGCAGGUGUCGCCCGCUCUGCGUCCAGAGCCUUCUGCAGCGGCGGCGGGUGGCGGCCACCUGCGUCGCCUUCAAUCCCUUCCAUCCCAUCAUCCUGGUGGGAGGAGAGAAGGGUCAUCUGGUGGCCAUGAAGCUCUCGCCGAACCUAAGGAAGCCGCACAAGGACUCCAAGGGCGCUGACGCCCAGCAGCUGCAGGAGAUAGAACUGUGCAAGAUGGAGCGCCUCAUAGCCACGGCCAACAAGGGCUGAACUG